CCCGUUGCCCCUCGCCUGGCUGGCCCCUCUCUAAAGCACAGAACUUCUCAGAAACUGUCGAGUCAUUGAGUUGGAGUUCUUUCACGAAAAUAUCAUUUUUUCAAUAUAUCUGAAGCUAGGCUUGGAUAAACGCUAUUAAGAUGUCUCAGCACAGUGCCGCCUGCUGUUCGAUCCCGCCCGUUAUUGUCGAGGGCUAUGAGCCCAAGGGCCAAUACAUUACUAUCGAUGGCAUGAAGACUUAUGUCACUGGUCCUGCGGACGCGAAGAAGGCUAUUCUUGUCAUCUUUGACAUUUUCGGAUUCUACCCUCAGACCCUCCAGGGUGCAGACAUUCUGGCCAACUCCGACAAAGAUGCCAAGUACAAGGUCUUUGUGCCGGACUGGUUCGAGGGCAAGCCCGCAGACAUUUCCUGGUACCCUCCCGACACCAAGGAGAAGGGCGAGAAGCUCGGAAACUUCUUCUCGACGACUGGUGCUCCCCCGAAGACGAUCCAGCGCGUUCCCAAAGUCGUGGAGGAACUGAAAUCACAAAACUCUGGCGUUGACUCUUGGGGUCUGCUCGGCUUCUGCUGGGGUGGAAAGGUUACUACUCUUUCCAGCACCUCUGGCAGUGUAUUCAAGGCCGCGGCUAUUGCUCACCCGGCUAUGGUCGACCCCAACGAUGCCCCUAACGUUGCCAUUCCAUUUGCGUUCCUCGCAUCCAAGGACGAGGACCCGCAAGCAGUUGCCCAAUUCAAGGAGAACUUGAAGGUGAAGAACUACGUUGAGACGUUCCCAGACCAAAUCCACGGCUGGAUGGCCGCCAGAUCAAACCUCAAGGACCCCAAGGUCAAGGCCGAGUAUGAGCGUGGCUACAAGACCGUUCUCACCUUCUUCCACGACAACCUGUGAAUAUACAGAAGUCAUGAUUAAUGAGCUAGAUGAUCAGCCGUCAGGCUUAAAUAAACAUGUUUUAAACCAUGGGUCAAAAUAAAAGGAUAAUGAUCAUAUAUCAAGUUCAAUUACCAGUGAUAUUCAGUCCAUGUUUACACGUAAAUUUAAUUACAGUAGACACAGACCGGGAAUCGAUUCGUCAAAUUUAUUUUAUUUGUUGCAUUCAAAUGUAGAAUAUUCGCUAUGACAAUUCUCAUGACUUUGCUGGUCUAAAGCAUUAUGCUCCGCCCUCGCGUCUUUGUCCGAC